AUGGGUCGACAUUGCAUACCGUGGUUUCGGCAGCUGCCUCUGCUGCUGCCGCUGCUGCUGCCGCUGCUGCUGCCGCUGCUGCUGCCGCUGCUGCUGCUGUUGUUGGCCCCGGCCACGCACGGCCAUGUGGCCAACGCCCGGGCCCUGUACACAGACCCCCCGGCCGUGGGCUUCUGCCAGGCCCCGGCGCCCCUGUUCAGCCGGGCGGACGUCGAGACGGCCGUCGGCUUCUUCAGCCUCACCCUCGGCGGGGCGCGAAGCCAGCUGGCGGCCCUGCAGCCCACCGGCGAGGUGCUGCUCUUCCAGCAGUCCGCCCUGCACUUCAACCUGCAUGACGACCCGCGUGUCGGGGCCCUGCUCCAGGACGUGUGCUCUUCCGAUCUGGCGGACGUCGAGACGGCCGUCGGCUUCUUCAGCCUCACCCUCGGCGGGGCGCGAAGCCAGCUGGCGGCCCUGCAGCCCACCGGCGAGGUGCUGCUCUUCCAGCAGUCCGCCCUGCACUUCAACCUGCAUGACGACCCGCGUGUCGGGGCCCUGCUCCAGGAGGACGCGCCGGUGGCGCUGGGAGGCCCCUUGGACCCGGCCCCCGGGCCCUGGCGCUUGCUGCUGGCCGAGGCCCCGGCCGGGCCCGAACUGGCGGCCCUGGCCGACGGCGAGUUCUGCCUCUUCCUCAAUCACCAAUGGUCGUGCGUGCAGGCCAGGCCGGAGUCGGCCGGCGCCGGGCCGGCCACCUACCUGGCGCACAUGGUCCCCGGGCCCGGGCGCAUGAAUGUGCUGUUCCACCGCCCGGGGGCCGGGCAGCUGGAGCUCCUGCAGCUGGGCGCCGCGCCCGGCUGGAAGGCCUUCCCGCUGAGCCUGCCGACCGGCGGCCCGGCCCCCGGGGCCGCCUUCCACCCGGACGGCCUGGUGCUCGUGUGGCACGGCGCCGGCAACUGGUUCGCGCAUGUGGACUAUGCCGAUGGACAAGUCCCGGCCGCCUGGCGCGCCGACCUGCCCGGGGGCCUGGUCGAUGUGGUGUCCCUGCCGCUGGUGUCCAACCAGCCGGAGGGCCUGGUCCUGGUCCUGGACACCGGGGCCAUCCGCGUGUGCUCGACACUCCAGGGGACCAACUGCCUGAGUGAGUGGCAGGCCCUGGACCCCGGGGCCCUGGGGCCCGGGGCCCAGCUUCGCAUCCAUGACACCCCGCGGAACUUCCUGGACCCGGGUCGCCUGGUCGAGUGGGUGGUCCUGCGCGAUGGCCACUCCGAGCGCCUCUUCACCAUGAGCCUUGUCCAGGGCAUGGCGAAUCCCCUGAGAUCGGAAGAGCGUCGUCUUCGCAUCCAUGACACCCCGCGGAACUUCCUGGACCCGGGUCGCCUGGUCGAGUGGGUGGUCCUGCGCGAUGGCCACUCCGAGCGCCUCUUCACCAUGAGCCUUGUCCAGGGCAUGGCGAAUCCCCUGCGCCUGAUGGCCCUGCCUCCGGGCAGUCCGGCGGCCGGCCAGCUGCGGCUCUUCCAGGCGGCCACCGGCCCCGGCGAUUCCACCUGGUCCCUGACCGAUGGCCGGGUGCUGCUCCUGGUGGACAGCCUCUUCUGUCAAGCGGACUCGACCAUUGUGUGCCCCUCGCUCAAUGGGGCUGCCCCGCCGCCGGGGGGGUUCGCCUGCGCCCCGAGGCGCGGCCUGUCGCCGCUGCACGUGCCCGGGGCCCUGUGCAGCGGCUGUGCCGAUGGGGCCUUCAUGAUGGACACCGACUGCACCAACUGCCCGGGCACCGGGUGCGCCACCUGCAAUGCCACCGGCUGCCUUGCCUGCCAGGAGGGGCUCCUCCUGCUGACCGGGCCGGGGCUCGGGGCCGGGGCAUGUGUGGCCGCCUGCCCGGCCGGAGCCGAGCCGGCCCCCGGGACCUCGCGCUGCCAGCCCCCGCCGGGGGCCCCGCCGCCGCCGGUGGCCGCCAUCACCAGCAUGCGGCCCCUGGUGCCGGCGGACCCCCAGCAGCCGGCCAUCCCGGUGGUCUUCCCCUCGCGCAUGCACAUCGACAAUGGCCAGUGCAUGCUCUACCCGGCCACCAUGGCGGAUGUGCAGUUUUCCGGCAACGCGGUGGCCCUGCCCACCGGCGGGGCCCGGCCCCUGUGGGUCCGGCCCGACCCCGAGCAGCCGGGCGCGCUGCUGGUCCAGGAGAUGCCCUGCAUCGGGCCCCUGCCCUCGGGACUGGGCGCAGCCUCGGUCGUCGAGCUGCCCAUGGUGGAGGACGAUGACCGGCGGCCCACCACCCGGCUGGUGACCUGCGCCGGCGAUGGCACGCUCCACAUGACCACGGUGGUGUGCCCGGCCGACUCGGCCGAGCAGCCAUGCGCCCUGGCCUCGGCCGCGGCCCAGACGGAGCUCAUCGCCACGGCGGCCGGCUGCCUGGAGGUGGCCCCCCUGGCGCCGGGGCUGGUGGCCGUGCGCCUGGCCAAUGAGCAGGUGCUCCUGCUGCAGGUCAGCUUGGAAUCCGGAGCCAUGCGCCAGGCCAGCCUGCCCCGGGCGCCGGCCCUGCCGGCCCUGCUGCCGGGCAUGCGGCCCGGGCCGGAUGCCCCGGAGGCCGGGGAGUGGCUCUUCCGGGGGUUUGUCCCGGGAGCCGGGCCCCCCGGCGGGGCGGCCUACCCGGUGGAGCUGCUGCUGGCGCGCGACUCGCGUGUCCUGGCGGCCGAGCAUCUGCCGGCUCUGCGGCUGGGCGGGGCGUCGGCCGGGCUCGGGCUCGGGCCGCUGGCCCCGGUGCUGGUGCCGGACGUCCGGCCCGCCUGGGGCUCCGCCUCGGACCCCCCGGCCACCGGGGAGCUGAUGCUGUCCGGGCUGGUGGCCGGCGUGCCGGCCGGGGCCCCGGCCCGGUGGGUGGUCAUGCAGCCGCCGCUCGGGGCCCACCGGGCCGGCCGGGCCGCCGGCCUGCCGGUGAAUGUCGAGCUGCUGGGCCAUGUGCCGGCGGCCGGCGGGCCGGCAGGCAGCCUGGGCCAGGUCCCGGCCCACCGGACCCUGGCCGUCAGCCUGCCCUGGUCCGAGGGCACCCCGGCGGCCCUGUUCCUGCUGACCCCGGAGCAUGUGGGCGUGGCGCUGGUUCGCUGCGACUCGAGCCCGGACCGGGUGUGCUGGCCGCAGCCGGCCCGGUUCUUCCGGCUGCCCGGGCCGCUGGCCGGGCCGCUGGACCGCGUGUCGCUGCUGGCCGUGGCGCACGACUGGGCCUUCGACGACCCGGAGCACCGGCCGGCCUCGGCCAUUGUCCUGGCGGCGGCCGGGCUGCCGCUGCCGCUGGUCCUGUCGCUGGCGCUGGACCCCUGCCCGGAGGGGCACUACGCGCCGGGGUGCCUGCCCUGCGGGCCCGGGUGCGCCCGGUGCACGGGCCCCGGCCCGGAGGACUGCACCGUCUGCCGGGCCCAGCUGGCCGAGGCGCCGGGCCGGUGUCUGGCCGCCUGCGACCGGCCGGCCCUGCCGGUGCCCGGGUCGUCGACCUGCGCCUGCGAGCCCCUCUGCCAGGAGUGCGAUGCGGCCCUGGACCCGGCGGGGCUCGUUUACCGGGCGGUGUGCCGGGCCUGCGUGCCGGGGGCCGCCCUGCAUCCCGAGGCCGACCCGGAGGCCGGCCAGUGCCUGCCCUGCGACGGGUCCUGCGCCGAGUGCUCGGUGCCCGGGGACCUGGCCGGGUGCACGGCCUGCCCGGCCGGCUCCGGCCGGCUGCUCCACCAGGGCCGCUGCAUGGAUGCCUGCCCGGGGGGCUUCUUCCCGGCGGCCGACCUGCCCGAGUGCCUGCCCUGCCCGGAGGCCUGUCACGAGUGCGCCGGCCCGGGCGCCUGUGGCCGCUGUGCGCCGGCGCACUUCUGGGACCCGGCGGCCGGCCGGUGCUCGGCCUGCCACGGGUCGUGCGCCUCGUGCGCCGGCCCGGGCGUCUGCGCCACCUGCCGGCCGGGGCUGGUGUUCAUGGCCCCGGACCCGGCGGUGGAGGCGCCCUGCGGGGCGGCCUGCGCGCCGGGCGAAUUCCCCGGGCCCGACCGGUGCACCGCCUGCCAUGCCUCGUGCGACCUGUGCGCCGGCCAGGCCGACCGGUGCCUGGUGUGCGCGGCCGGGCAUCGGUGGGCCGUCCCCCCGGGCGCCGGGGCCGCCGGGCUGUGCGUGCCCUGCGCGGCCGGGUGCGCCUCGUGCACCGGGGCCGACCGGUGCCUGGCCUGCCAGCCGGGGCUCCUGCUGGCCGGCGAUGGCACAUGCGCCACGGCCUGCCCGGCCGGCGAGUACAGCAACGGCGAGUCCUGCCAGCCGUGCGACCUGUCGUGUGCCACGUGCGCCGGCGACGGCGCCGACCAGUGCACCGGCUGCGCCGCCGGGCUGGAGUUCCACCCAGUGGACCAGGCCCGGGGCACUUGCGAGUCCAUCUGCCCGCAGGGCCAGUACCUGGACCUGGCCACGGAGGCGUGCCUGCCCUGCAGCGGGGCCUGCGCCACGUGCAACGGCCCGACCGAUCGCGACUGCUGGCGCUGCCAGGGGGCCAUGCUGCAGGGGGACCAGUGCGUGCAGGUGUGCGCGGCCAGGCACCACGCCGCCAAUGGCCGGUGCCUGCCCUGCCAUGCCUCCUGCGAGGCGUGCACCGGGGUCCGGAGCACCGAGUGCACCGCCUGCCCGGGGGACCUGCUGGCCCUGCCGGCCGGGCAGACCCCGGGCCGGUGCGUGGCCGCCUGCCCGGCCGGGUACAACACCGGGCCCGGGGGGUGCGCCCAGUGCGGCGCCCAUUGCGCCAGCUGCCCGGCCGAUGUGGCCGCCUGCCGGCUUUGCGACCGGGGCUGGCUGCUGGCCGGGCCGGCAUGCGUGGCCAGCUGCCCGGCCGGGUCCUCGCCCCUGGGCGGCCAGUGCACCACCUGCCACGGGAGCUGCCUGGCCUGCUUCGGCCCCGGGGCCCAGGAGUGCCUGGCCUGCGCGCCCGGCAGCCCCUUCCUGGUGGAUGGGGCCUGCCUCGGCGCCUGCCCGGGCGGGUCCUUCCCCAGUGGCCCGGCGUGCGCCCCCUGCCACGGGACGUGUGCCACCUGCACCGGGCCCUCGGGGGCCGAGUGCACCGCCUGCCCGCCCGACCGGGCCCUCACCCCCGGCGGGGCCUGCCUCGCCUCCUGCCCGCCCGGCGAGUACCCCGCCCAGGAGUCCGGCGGCCGGGUGUGCCGGGCCUGCGAUGUCGCCUGCGAGACCUGCACCGGGCCCGGGCCGGGCCACUGCACGUCCUGCGCCCCGCCGGCACUGCUCGCAGGUGGGGCCUGUGUCGACGCCUGCCCGGCCGGGCACUUCGUGUGCCUGGCGUCGCGCCGGUGCGAGCCCUGCCCGGCCGGGUGCGCCGAGUGCCAGGAGCAGGGCACCUGCCAGGCGGCCUGCACCGCCUGCCCGGAGUCGGCCGACACGUGCGCCCUGUGCGAGCGGGGGUUCCUCCUGGCCGGCGGCGCAUGCGGGACCGAGUGCCCGGCCGGCGCCGCACCCCAGGGCGGCCUGUGCGCCAGCUGCCACGGCUCGUGUCUGACCUGCUACGGGCCCGGGCCGGGCCACUGUCUGACCUGCGGCGCGGCCUUCCCGCUGAUGGUGGAGGGCCACUGCCGGGACGCCUGCCCGGCGGGCACCUUCGAAAGCGAGGGGACAUGCCUGCCCUGCCACGGGACGUGUGCCACCUGCACCGGGCCCUCGGGGGCCGAGUGCAGCGCGUGCCCGCCCGACCGGGUGCUUACCCCGGCCGGCGAGUGCCUGGCGGCCUGCCCGCCGGGCGAGUAUGCCACCGCCGCCGGCCCGGCCGCCGGGCUGACGUGCGCCCGGUGCCACGCCACCUGCCACACGUGCCAGGGCCCGGAUGCCUGCGGCACCUGCCGGCCCGGGGAGUGGCUGCACCCGGAUGGCCACUGCACCGGGGCCUGCCCGGCGGGGCACUUCCCCGGGGCCGGCACCGGGCGCUGCGAGGCCUGCCCGGCCGGGUGCGCGGCCUGCAUCGGGCCCGGCGGGCCCGCCGGCGCCGGCCACUGCACCGGCUGCCAGGCCGGCCUGCUGCUGUCGGCCCGGGAGGGCACCUGCCUGGAGGCCUGCCCGCCGGGGGAGUUCGCCCUGGCCGGGUCGCCCCUCUGCCAGCCCUGCCAGGGCGACUGCCGGACAUGCGCCGGCCAGGCAACCCGGUGCACCGGCUGCGCCCGGGGGCUGCUCCUGCCGGAGGCCGGCACCUGCGUGGCCGCCUGCCCGGAGGGCACCGGCCCGGCCCCGGCCCCGGUGCCCAUGUGCCUCGGCUGCCCGGCCGGCUGCGACCGGUGCACCGACAGCCGGGCCGACUGCGCCACCGGCCCGGACGGCCGGCUGGCCUGCGCGCAGGCCGCCACCUGCGCCCGGUGCCGCGAGCCCCUGCUCCUGGACCGGGGGGGAGCCUGCGUGGCCGACUGCCCGGCCGGCACCUUCCACGACUGGGAGGCCUCGCCGGCGGCGUGCUCCGCCUGCGACCCGCGGUGCGGCACAUGCUCCGGGCCCGGGCCCGACAGCUGCACCGACCGGCGCCCCGCCUCGCGACGCCUCGCGCUCGGCGUCGGCCUCGGCCUGGGGCUGCUGAUGCUGCUGCUGGUGCUCCUCGCCCUGCUGCUGCUGUUCCUGCGCGUGCGCCGGGCCCGCGCCCUCGGGCCCAAGGGCGGAAGUCCCGGGCGCCUGCUCAUCCAACGCCCGGACGAAGAUGCCACCAUGGUCAACACCAUGGUGGAGCUCGCCCUCCCCGGGACCAUCCUCAUCAACAUGCAGCAGGACUUCGCCCGGCUGGAUGAGGACCAGCUCGGGGCCGGGACCCAGGCCACGGUGUUCGCCGCGCGCCCGGUCGGCCCGGGCACCGCCGAGGCCCUCGGCUGCCCGGACACCGUGGCCAUCAAGCAGCUGAAGAGCCCCAAGCUCCGGCCCUCGCAGGAGACCCUCUUCCAGAAUGAGGUGGCCCUGAUGUGGCUGCUGCGCGGCGCGCCCAGCGUCGUCCGGCUGUACGGCUACAGCGACCAGCCGCCGGCCCUGGUGAUGGAGCGCUUCGACAGCGACCUGGCCGCGCUGCUGCACUCGGACGCGGCCAUCGCCCCGGCCGCCAUGCUGGACAUCAUCCACCAGUGGGCCGCCGGGCUGGAGGCCAUGCACGCCCAGGGGGUGGCCCACCGGGACCUGAAGCCGGGCAAUGUCUUUGUCAGCCGGCGCCCGGACGGGGCAUGGUCGGCGGCCCUCGGGGACCUGGGCGCCGCGCGAAACCUCCACGCCGACCGGUCCUCGGCCCUGGUCAACGACACGCCGGACCUGAAUGCCAUGACGGCGCGGUACGCCGCGCCCGAGGUCCUGGCCGCCUUCCACCGGCGCCGGGCCCUCGACACGGAGCUCCUCCUCCCGGCGGACAUCUACUCCGCGGCCAUCAUGCUGUGGGAGUGCCUCUCCCGCGUUGUCCCCUGGCGCGGGUGCAACUUCGAGCAGAUCUCCGCCAAGGUCCUGACCGGCGACCGCCCCCCGGUCGGCCGGUGUCUCUCGGCCGGCGGCCAUGCCCUCGGCGACCUCCUCCACGACAUGUGGGACUCCAACCCCCACGUCCGGCCGCUGGCCGCGGCGCUCCGCCACACCGUCGGCCAGGCCCUCCCCCCGGCCACCGGGGGGCCGUGAGAUGGCCCGGCGCUCUCUCCGGCCGGCCGGGGGGGGGGGGGGGGGGGC